UGGAAAAGUCGCCAAAAGGCUCCGCCGGACGGCUCUCCCGAUCAGGUCGGCCUGACAUGAGACAGAGAGCGAUACAUAUCGUCAAUGUUUAACCCUUUCUCCCGCCGUCACUGUUAACCAUUUUCCCCCCAUUUUUAUUCCGCCUAUUUGUUCUUCACUUCUGGAAGUUACACUACUCCCACAGUAUUCCGAUUUCUCUAAUGGCUCCUUCUCAGAAAUUCACGGAUUACGAGCGUAAGAGACUGGAAAACAUCAAGCGCAACGAGGAAAUGCUCGUCGCCUUCAAAAUUCCUUCCCACGUAUCAGAUCUCUCUGCUGCAACCGCCGCCGUCAGGAUGCAGAAAAGAUCAUAUAAUAAAAGGCUAAAAUCUGAAGCUCCACUUCGUCAUUCUCUAAGGACUCGAGGAAAGCCUCCAGAUCCUUCGACAGUUGGUGGCCUGAGACAUGACCUUGUUGGAUCCAAAAUCAGGGAUAAACUAAGCAAAGAAAACUCACUGUCGAAUUUGGUUAGAGAGCCUGUACCUAUCAAUAUGAAAGAUGCUUACAGGGGUGUUACUACAGGCUCAAACCAGCAAUUAAUUGAAACAAUUAAGAGUUUAUCAAGAAAGCCAAAAUUGGAUGAGAAGGCUGAUCAAGAACCUAAUUUUUGUGAUGUUGACAAGAUGACCAGGCCUUCAUGUUCAGUAGAUAUGGACUCAUUGAGAUUGGAACCGGAAAGUAUUGCUCAGGUUGUGCCAGGAAGAAUACUUAAUGUGAAGUUUUUCCCAGCAACAGAGAUGAAAAUGGUUGUCGCAGGAAACAUGCAUGGAAAUAUAGGUUUCUGGAAUGCUGACUCAAAAGAGGAGGAUGGAGAGGGACUUUAUGUUUACCAACCUCAUUCUGGUCGAGUAUCAGGGAUAGUGAUUGAACCAUUUACAAGGUCAAAGAUGAUUACAUCUUGUUAUGAUGGGUUUAUCAAGUUGAUGGACAUUGAGAAGGAGUUAUUUGAUUCGAUAUAUAUAAGCAACUCUCCUAUACAUGCUAUAUGUCAAAGUCCAGACGAUAGGAAUUCAUUAUAUUUCGCAGAGGGAAGUGGUUAUUUUGAAAUAUGGGAUUUGAGAGCUGGAAAAUCAUCAUCAUCAUCUAGGAAGUUACAUGGAAACAUGAUCAACUCUAUAGAUUUUAACUCGGAGAAUAUUAAUACUAUGGCUACAAGCUCUUCUGACAAAACUGUCUGUAUCUGGGAUAUGAGAAAUGCUGGCUCUAAUAAACUCAAACCUUUGAGAACUAUUCACCAUAAAAGACCUGUGCAUUCUGCUUACUUUUCACGAUCUGGUCGACUUCUUGCGUCAACAAGUUAUGAUGACAAAAUAGGCUUGUCAAGUGGAGCUAAUUAUGAAGAUGUAAGUAUGGUUCAUCACGAUAAUCAAACACACACACAGAUUUCCUCAUUCAGAGGCAUAUGGGGCUGGGAUGAUUCCUAUAUAUUCAUUGGAAACACGCAAAGAGGAGUUGAUGUCAUUUCGACAGGCGAAAAGAAAAUUCAUAUGACAUUACAGAGUGAGCAUAUAUCUGCUGUACAGUGCCGCUUUGAUGCACACCCCUACAAUGCUGGGAUGCUUGCAGGUGCUACCAAUAGGGGUCAGGUGUGUCUUUGGACACCUUAGCUAUCACAAGUGCACAGCAUUGCAUGUUUCUCAUCUUGAGAUUUGCUUGAAAUGAUCGUCUUACCAACCUACUGCCUAGCUGCUAAAAUUUUGUGAUUUAUAGAAUAGCCAUAAUAGUAUGUAUCAUUAGAUUUCCUUGCUCUGGCUUCAAGACUAUCAACUUUUACCUUUCGUAGUAGCAUUAGUACGUGGCUUUUUGUUGACGUUGACUUUUGGAUUGUGGAGCCAAAUAUUGUGGUAUUGGCUUAUGUUGCAUAUGGCUUGGGUGGACUUAGUUCCAGUUUCGCACAAGUACUAGGCGUAUAAAAACCAAAUUGGGCACCCAAUUUUGUGUUAUGGGAUGGACUAGUA